AUGACUCCCCCCCAGCUAACCCAACCCAUACUUAUCAUCGGAGGCGGGACAUUCGGAACAACAACCGCCUACCAUCUGUCCAAAAAGGGCUACACAAAUGUCACCGUCCUCGACCGUUUCCCCGUUCCCUCCUUCGAGGCCGCCGGCAACGACAUCAACAAAAUCAUCCGCACCGAAUACCCAGAGCCCCUCUACACCAAGCUAGCAAGCGACUCACGAGACAUCUGGCGCGACCCGAAUGGUUUAUUUGCCGGGCUGUACCACCCCAGCGGUUGGAUCAUCGGGGCCACAGACCGCUCCACGCCCUUCGUGGAAGCUUCCAUGAAAAGCGCAAGGGAUCUUGGAGUUGACCCUCCGCAGCUUGUCUCGACGCAGGAAAUCCAUCAGCAGUGGCCUGCGAUGGACGGGGACUUCACGGGGUGGAAGUCGUAUUGGAGCCCGAAUGCCGCGUGGGUGAAUGCCCGUGAAGGUAUUGUUAGAAUGGCCCGAGAGGCGACGAAGGCCGGUGUCAAGUAUGUAUCCGGAAACCCGGGGUACGCGAAGCAGUUGCUCUAUGAUGAGAAGCAAGCUUGUAUCGGGGUGGAGUGUGCAGAUGGCACGGCCUACUUUGGCAGCCAGAUUAUCCUAGCGGCUGGCGCUGCGGCUGGUUCUCUCUUGGAUCUCGAGGGCCAGAUUGUGGCAAAGGGACACGCUGUGGGCCAUAUCCAGCUUACUCCGGAGGAGGUCGAGGAGUAUAAGAGCAUGCCCAUUCUGGAUCAUCUAGAAGGAGGCAUUCUAUUCCCACCACAGGAAGACGGGAUCAUGAAGAUCGGCGCUGUUCAUUUUGUGACCAACUAUGCAAAGUCCCUGAAUGGAACAUCGCUCCCUCGAUACCGCUCAGACAACCCUCAGGAUGGGAUUCCCGCCGUGGUGGAGGCUCGUCUUCGCAAAUGGAUGGAGACCUGUGUACCAAGAUUGGCUCAUAGGGAGUGGACUGAAACUCGAAUAUGCUGGGACGGAGACAUGGCUGACUACCACUUCCUCAUCACCUCCCAUCCCAAACACAGGAACCUCAAAAUCGCCAUCGGGGGGUCAGCGCAUGGAUUUAAAUUCCUACCCGUGCUCGGGAAAUACAUUGUCGAGAUGAUGGAGGGCACUCUAGAUCCUGAAAUUGGGCAGAAGUGGAGGUGGCGGCCUGGGGCGCAACUGUCGGACUAUUCAACGAACCCUCAUCCGGAGAGUCCUGAGGAUCUGAAUGACAUGCCUGGUUGGGGCGAACCUGUUAAGAGCUCUUUGUAA